AUGGCCCACACAUUCUACGACGGAACCAUCCCGGUACUCCAAUCCAUCCUCAAAACCCUCUCCCACAUCCUCCACCGCGCCUCCCAACACCCCAACGCCAAUGCCCUCCUCACAGCCCGUCUCCACGAAGACAUGUACCCCCUAACCGACCAAGUCCGCAUCACGACCCAGUUCUCCGAGAACCUGGUUGCACGACUAACCGGUCGAGAGCCGGUGUCGUUCGACGGCAGUCCGACGACAUUUGCCGAGUGCUAUGAGCGCAUUGAGACGGUGUUGAAGGCGCUCAACGAGGCCGAGAAGGACGUCGUUAAUCGGCAGGCGGAUGUUGUCGCGAAGACGCCGAUGGGGCCUGAGACGGCGGUUGAGAUGUCUGCAGCGGCGUAUGCGCAUAGUAUUGCUUUGCCGAAUAUUUACUUUCAUCUUACUACUGCGUAUGGGAUUCUGAGGAAGGAGGGGGUGGAGUUGGGGAAGAGGGAUUAUUAUGUUGGGUUUUUUCCGGUGCUUGGGGGGCAGUAG